AUGGCAGCAGCACCAGGAGCAGCACCAGGAGCUUCAAAGGGCAUGCCUGACUUGUCCAAUGCGAUUGUGGCACAAGAUGAAAUGGGUAGACCUUUUAUUAUAGUCAGGGACCAAGGUAAGAAACAGAGGAAGCAUGGAGUUGAAGCGACGAAAUCGCACAUUUUAGCAGCAAGAUCUGUUGCCAGCAUUGUUAAAACUUCUUUGGGACCCCGGGGUCUUGAUAAGAUAUUAGUUAGUCCCGAUGGAGAUAUCACUAUUACAAACGAUGGUGCAACUAUAUUAUCCCAGAUGGAUUUGGAGAACCCAAUUGCCAAAUUAUUAGUUGAGUUAUCCAAAUCCCAAGACGACGAGAUUGGAGAUGGUACUACGGGAGUAGUCGUGCUAGCAAGUGCGCUUUUGGAUCAAGCGUUGGAGUUGAUCGAAAAGGGAAUCCAUCCAAUAAAAAUUGCCAAUGGAUUUGAUCAAGCUUGUAAAAUAGCCGUUGCACAAUUGGAGAAGGUAGCUGAUGAGGUACAAAUCUCAGAUAAAUCAACUCUUUUCAAAGCAGCAAAGACUUGUUUGGGUUCCAAAAUCGUUUCCAAGGCUCACGAUCAUUUUGCGCAAAUGGCGGUAGAUGCAGUUACCGAUGUUGCCGAUUUCGAGAGAAAAGAUGUUGACUUUGAGUUGAUCAAAGUCGAAAAGAAAGUUGGUGGAUCCGUUGAAGACUCUGAGCUAAUCAAAGGAGUUUUGUUGGAGAAGGACUGGAGUCAUCCACAAAUGCCAAAGGAAAUAAGAGACUGUAAAAUUGCUAUUUUGACAUGUCCCUUUGAGCCACCAAAACCAAAAACAAAACACAAAUUAGAUAUUUCAAGUGUAGAGGAAUUCAAAGUUUUGCAAGAGUAUGAGCAGAAGAAGUUCCAAGAGAUGAUUGAUUUAGUCAAGGCUUCAGGAGCAAAUGUUGUUGCAUGCCAAUGGGGAUUCGACGAUGAGGCAAACCACUUGCUACUAGCUAACGGAUUGAAUGCCAUAAGAUGGAUUGGUGGUUCAGAAUUGGAACUUCUCGCUAUAGCCACCAACGGGCGCAUUGUCCCCAGAUUUGAAGACUUGAGCAAGGAGAAAUUAGGAACAGCAGGAGUCAUUAGGGAGUUGGAGUUUGGCACUACGAAAGAUCGCAUGUUGGUAAUCGAGGAAUGCUCCAAUAGCAAAGCAGUUACUUGUUUUAUCAGAGGGUCAAAUGAAAUGAUUGCAGCAGAGGGUGUCAGAGCGCUACACGAUUCAUUAUGUGUUGUGCGUAAUUUGAUAAGAGAUGAUAGAAUAGUAUAUGGUGGAGGAGCCGCUGAAUUGACAAGCUCGUUAGCAGUAUCUGAAGCAGCCGAUAAGCAAACGGGAAUAGACCAGUAUGCAUUUAGGGCAUUUGCAGCUGCUUUGGAUACAAUUCCCUUAACUUUAGCGGGAAAUUCAGGGUUGGAUCCAAUUGAAACAUUGAGUAGGUUGAAAGCAAAGCAGAUUAAUGAGAAUAAUUCUCACUUGGGAAUAGAUUGUCUUGGUAAAGGUACAAACGAUAUGAGGGAUUUAUUUGUUAUUGAUCCAUUGAUAGGGAAGACACAACAAUUGAACUUGGCGACUCAAUUAACAAGAAUGAUACUAAAAAUCAACAAUGUCAUUAUCAGUGGUACAGAUGAUUACUAA